UGGUCCAAAAUUCCUCCUGACUGUUGUGCAGGUCUGAUCUGCAAGUUUGGUUUCAAGAAAACCUAAUUAAAUUAACCAUGAUUUACUGUUGACAAGAAACAAAAUGAGGAAAGCUUCUAAGGGGGUGAAAACUUUUAAUAGGCACUUUAAAUACAGAACAUGUUUGCAGGUCAGAGGGGCAAUUGUUGCACAUUGUGACAGUCCUAAGGUCCAGACGUUUUCUAAAAAAAAAAAAAACUCAGUUUCAAGGACAGUUCAAAUAUGCUGAUGCAACACAGCCUGUUGGAGGACAUGGGGCCCUAUGCACAGUGCACAUACAGCAAAGCAUGGCUCUGUUUUACUGGCAAACACACUUUAAAUCCUCCCCACAGGCCUGUUGAGAUGUGACUAGAACUGGGCUUCCUCACUCACUGACAUCCAAGGACAGGUUCAUAACCCACUGAGGAAAAUCCUCCCAACAGGUCACACAUUUGAAAAAAUGGACUUCACCGCUUUGCGUCUGCUGAUCCUGCUGGGAUUCAUGCAUGUGGAGCCAGGAUUUGGACAGAGAGAUGACAUGGACUUCAGUGAGUGGAUGACGGCUAAUCAGAAAUAUAUAAAAAAUUUGGUGCUCAACCUGACAAAUGCAGAGCAAUGCAGGAGUGAUGUUGAAGCUCUGGACGCCAGGCUCAACGCGACUGUAGACGAGCUGACGAGACAGAAAGCUGAAAUAGACAAUCUGAAGACGGAGAAUGAAGGUAGAACACAAUGUCUGAAUCAUUAUGACGUAUAUUCUAAUCCAAAAUGUUUCCUCAUUCAUUUAUCUAUUGAUUGUUCUUGUGCAGACCUGAAAGCCAGACUGAAUGCGACAGAGAACGAGAUUGGUCAGCUGAAAAAGAGCAGUGGAAAAGCUGCUCCUCAGAUUGCAUUUUCAGCGUCUUUGGCGAACUCUGGUGAGAUUUACAACGGACCCUCCACAGACAAGACUCUGGUUUUCAAAAGGGUCUUCUCAAACAUCGGCAGUGGCUACGAUGCAAAUUCAGGAGUCUUCACGGCACCAGUGAACGGUUUCUACUACUUUAGCUUCAGCACCUAUGGCUACAACACUCACACAAUGGGGGCCAUACUAAUAAAGAAUGAUGUGCGUCAAAUUUCGACCUACGACAGCCCCACAUCAGACGGCUCUGACAGCAGCAGUAACGCCGCUGUUCUGCAGCUGGCUGCCGGUGAUAAUGUGCACAUGGAACUGUGGGAUGAUGGCAGAGUGUACGAUAACCUGAACGGCCACACGACCUUCAGUGGUUUCCUCCUCUUUCCUCUGUAGAUGAUCAAACACCGUCUACUUGCAUUGUGGUUCCAUCAAUAGGAGAGAUGCAACAGUAGGGGUUUUAUUUACAGCCUGAAACAUGCUGAAAUGAAAAUACAACAAUAUUCUCUGAUGUUAUCUUCACAAUUGCCUCAAUAAAAUAACCUUUUCAUGCAUCAUGAUAAAAAAAAAAAAAUACAGAAAACUUGAAAUACAAAAAAUUAACUGUCUUAAUGUAAGUAAUCAUCUGGUUUUAUGAUAGUCUAAAUACAAGGACAUUUUUAUCCCAUUAACCUGUAGUAUCUUGCCUUGAAGUCCAUUUUAAACCAUUGAUGCAUGGUGUCUACCGCAGUGGACAGCUGUGUAUCUCACUCACCGUCAUAGAUAUAUAUGUUUUUUAAUCCAAUUUUACAUGUUAGGUUGUGUUUAAGAAAGAAAACUAUCUCAUAAGUUUGUUUUAAAGUUCAUGCAUGAAAGGAGG